GUAUAGUCGUAGCCAAACUGUGAUCCAAAAACCACAAUGUCUCGUUCAGCUGUCGUUCUUGCUCUUCUUGCACUUGUUUGUGUUUGUAUGAGCGCUGUGAGUGCAGUUAAGAUUUGUCCUCCGAACGAGGUUUUCAAAGAAUGUGGUACCAGAUGCGAGCCUACAUGUAAAGUUCCAAAACCUCCAGUCAAUUGCAUUCAAGAAUGCGUUAUGGAUACAUGCCAGUGCAUACCAGGAUUCGUACGUAACUCGGAGAACCAAUGCGUCGAGCCCAAUCAAUGUUGAGAUUUAUUACAAAAUAAGAAAUGUAAAAUGAUAAUUCGUAAGGAGAAAUGAUGAAUGAAUAAAUAAUACAUCCAUAAAUGAUAUAUCCAUA